ACGGAUUUCACGCGCACCAGCGAGCCCCACCACCAGCGAGCCGUGCGGCAUUUCUGGGGCGCGCUGCAGGACGGCGGGGCUCUCUACAAAGGCUCGUACCAAGGCUGGUACUGCACUGCCGAGGAGAGCUUCCUGCCCGAGAGCCAGCUCGCCGAACGCAGGGAUGCCCAGGGACGCCUGUGCAAGGUGUCUCUGGAGACCGGCCACCAGGUGCACUGGACCAAAGAGGAGAACUACAUGUUCAGGCUCUCUUCGUUCCGGGAUCCGCUGUGGAAGUGGCUCCGGGACAACCCCCAGGCCGUUUCCCCUGCCCCUUUCUACCAGCUCGUGCUCCGCUGGCUGGAAGAGGACUUGCCGGACUUGUCCGUCUCGCGUGAGCGAAGCCGGCUGCAGUGGGGUAUCCCUGUUCCCAGUGACCCCACACAAACCAUUUACGUUUGGGUGGAUGCCCUGGUGAACUACCUGAGCGCGGUGGGCUACCCUGAGGCGCACGGGGAGUGGUGGCCCGCUGCACACCACGUUGUGGGCAAGGACAUCCUCAAGUUUCACGCUGUCUACUGGCCAGCGCUGCUGAUGGCAGCGGGACUGGCCCCCCCCGAGCGGAUCCUGGUGCAUUCCCACUGGACCGUCCGCGGGCAGAAGAUGUCCAAAAGCCUGGGCAACGUGGUCGAGCCCUCGGCCUGCAUUGGGCGGUACACGUUGGAUGGGUUUCGGUACUUCCGGCUGAGGCCGGGGCGGGACUGCAACUACUACGACGAGAAGGUUGUUAAGGUAGUGAAUUCAGAACUGGUGGAUGCGCUCGGGGGGCUUCUGAACCGAUCAACAGCCCUCAGCAUUAACCCCAGCAACACCUAUGCUUGCUUCUCCGAGUCUUGCUUUCCAAGGAUCUUGGAUGACAGGGAGACAAAAGCUGUGGGUAGGGCUUGUGCUGAGGACUAUGAGUUUGUGGCGUCUGUGGCUUCUCUGCCUCUGCAGGUGGCUGGUUAUUUUGAAGGUUUCCAGAUCUACAAGGCUUUAGAAUGCAUUGCCCUGUGCGUGAGGCAGACCAACAGCUUCUUCCAGAGACACAGGCCUUGGAAACUCAACCGAAAAGACCCCGCAGAGCAGCUCUGGCUUGACACCAUCAUCCAUGUCACGCUGGAAUGCCUGCGGGUCUACGGGACUCUGCUGCAGCCCGUGAUCCCACACACUGCAGACAAGCUGCUUUCCAGGCUGGCUGUCGAGCCAGAAGAGAGAGCUCUCUCAAAUUUGACAUUUCUGCCACGCUACAACGGGAGGCCGUGUCCCUUUGAAGGGAGACAGCUUGGACCCGACACCGGCAUCUUAUUCCACAGACUAGAGAAGUCAAGACAGAAUGGGAUAGAAACCAAGGAGCUUUAAUCCCUGACAAACAGCUUUGUAAAUAAAAGCCUCCGGG